CUGGUUUGCAUCAAUCGGAGUAGUGGAAGGCUUCCAAAUCGUCCGAGCAAAACGCAACCUCGCAGAAACGGAUCUACACUUCUAAAAGAAACGAGUUAACCGGAAAACACCCAUUCUAGGGGCUGUUUUUGUAUCGACGAUUAGGGGUUGAACUAGCACUUUGAAGAGGCUGUUUAACACUCAUUUAUAAGCAAGGAAUCAGUUCUCAAGCUUCCUUGGCCGAGGCUUUGGUCAUUGGAUCGAGAAGGAAAGUUUUAAAGCUCAUUUGAGGAAAAUGAGUUUGGAUAAGUUUGUAAUUCGGAGUAAGAGGUCUUUAACUCCAGGAGAUAGUUCUUCGAAUGUCCCUAAUCAGUCUAUCUCAAGUAAUGCAAUUGUUGUUGCUUCGAAUGUAAGAACUGUUCGAGAUGAAUCUAAUGACAUUAGGGGAGACAAAAGAGCCCGCACAGAUAGUACGUGUGAGUGGGAUAUCAUUAGCGAUCCUGGAUUACGAAAGCCAAUCAAUGAAUAUGAGCCUCGAGUAAGAGAUGAUGUGAUGAGAGCAUAUGUUGUUAAAGGUGCUUGUCAACCGUUGUCUCAUAAGUUUCCAAAAACUUUAUUUGGGAAAAAAAUGAGAAGUUUUCGAGCAGAGUGGUAUAAAAAUUGGGAAUGGUUAGAGUAUAGUGUUUCUAAAGAUGCUGCAUUUUGCUUUUGGUGUUACCUUUUCCAUGAGGUAGAAGGGAGGAGAUUUGGAGAUGAUGUAUUUGUGAGGACCGGAUUUCGUAAUUGGAAGAAAAGUCUCGCAAGUUUUCGAGAUCAUGUAGGAAUUGUAAAAAGUGCCCACAAUAAUGCUAGAAUAAAAUUUUUUGCUUUCAGGAAUCAAAAGCAAAGCCUUCCAAGAUGUGUGGCUUCAGGAAUACAAACAUUGGGUGCAGCAUACCGCACCCGUUUGAAUGCAAGUGUGGAUUGUGCUAGAUUUUUAAUUGCACAAGGGUUGGCUUUUCGUGGACAUGAUGAGAGAGAAACUUCAUUGAAUAAAGGUAAUUUCUUGGAAUUACUUGAUUGGUAUAGUGCACGCAAUGUUGAAGUUUCAAAGGUUGUGAAAGAUAAUGCACCAUCAAAUCACCAACUUACUUGUCCUAAGAUUCAAAAGGAUAUUAUUAGUUCUUGUGCAUCAGAGACAUUAAAAGUCAUAAUUAGUGAUAUUGGUGACAAAUUCUUUUCUCUGUUGAUUGAUGAAGCUCGUGAUAAUUCUGUGAAAGAGCAAAUGGCAAUUGUUGUGAGAUAUGUAAAUGAUAACGGAGUUGUUAUAGAGCGAUUCCUUGGAGUUAAACAUGUUGUUGACACUACUGCACUUUCAUUGAAAAGCGACAUUGAUGAAUUUUUUGCUAAGCAUGGAUUAUCUUUGUCCAAAAUUAGAGGUCAAGGAUAUGAUGGAGCUUCUAAUAUGCGAGGUGAACUUAGUGGAUUGAAGACUCUUAUUUUGAAUGAAAAUCCACAUGCAAGAUAUAUUCAUUGUUUUGCUCACCAAUUGCAAUUAGUUGUUGUGGCUGUUGCACAAAGCAAUAAGUUUGUGAGUGACUUUUUUGAAUAUUUGUCCAUGAUUACUAACAUGGUAGGAUCUUCUUGUAAAAGAAAGGAUGAGUUUCGGCAAAAGCAACAUGAAGCCAUGGUAGAGAUGUUAGAAAAGGGUGAGCUUACAACUGGGAGAGGAUUGAAUCAAGAAAGUAGUUUAGCUAGGCCGGGAGCUACACGCUGGGGUUCACAUCAUACAACCAUUAUCCGUAUUCUUUCUAUGUGGUCUCCUACUAUUCAAGUUUUGGACAAUAUAUUUGAUGAUGGAACUGAUCUAAAAUCGAGAGGCUCUGCUAGUAGCUUGGUAGAUAAGAUGGAGAGUUAUCAGUUUGUUUUUAUUGCUCAGUUGAUGAAAAAAAUAUUGGGAUUGACGAAUAUAUUGUCACAUUUCUUGCAACAAAAAGAUCAAAAUAUUCUGGAGGCUGUGAGCUUAGUUAAAAGCACUAAAGCUAAAUUUCAAGACUUGAGAGAAAGUGGAUGGGAUGGUCUCUUGGAAGAUGUCAGUAGCUUUUGUGUCAAGAACAAAAUUGACAUUCUUAACAUGGAAGAGACGAAUCAUCGUUCUAGACGUGUUCGUCACCCGGUAACAAAUUAUCACCACUUUCGUGUUGAUAUAUUUUGCCAGGUUAUUGACCAGAUCAGUCUUGAGAUGGAGAAUCGCUUUAGUGAGUCAAACACAGAAUUACUCAGUUGCUUAGCAUGUCUUGAUCCUAGAGAUAAGUUCUCCAAUUUCUGUGAGUCAAAGCUACUGAACCUUGCAGAGUUAUAUUCAUGCGAUUUUUCAUCUGUUGACCGAAUGGAGGUGAAAGAGCAACUCCAAGUGUGGAUAUAUGAAAUGAGAACAAAUGAAUUAUUUUCUGACAUACAAACUAUUGGUGAAGUUUGUAAGAAGAUGGUUGAGCUUAAAGUUCACAAUUCUUUUCACUUGAUAUAUCGUCUGAUUGAGUUGACUUUAGUAUUACCAGUUGCAACAGCCACCGUUGAAAGGGCCUUCUCUGCGAUGAAUAUUAUCAAGACAGAUCUUCGCAAUAAGAUGGGAGAUGACUAUCUUACGGAUUGUUUGGUGUGCUACAUAGAUAGUGAUGUUUUUAGAAGCAUUGAUAAUGAAACUAUUAUGCAACACUUUCAGAAUAUGAAAACUCGUAGGCUUGAUUUACCAAAGUUGCAGUCGUGAACUAUUUAAUAUGUAAUGAACUAUUCCG